AUGACCACUAUUCCUUCUCGCCUUGCCCGCGUAUCACAGUCAUCCGGAAGUCUUCUUGACGCGCGCCGUCGUGUUGUCCAACUUUACCGUGACUGGUACCGCUCGGAAACAAUGAACUGCUGGAAACAAGAGCCUCAUAUAAUGGGUAUUUUACUGCGAGAUCUCCACGAAGGAAGCGCGGUGGGACAGACGUUCUUACAAAAGUUCUAUGCAGGGAGAGACGAAGAAAGCGUCAGAAUUGCGUCGCCUCAACAGUGA